AUGAGUCGGCAUGCGGUGGAUGUAGGGCGGAAGGGUCUACUACACCUGUCUGGCGCGAAUCACAUCCUCGCCCUGCCUCUCAUCCGGACGAACCCCAUCUCCACGACUCUUAUAAAGGCUGCGGUGCGAACGCAGCACACGGCAACUGCGCGGCCUGUUGCAGGACUCCUGAGCGCCGCACGAUCCUCACAUCGAUAUGCUGCAACCACGAAUACGUUGUCCAGAUGGCCUGGAACGGCGUCACCGGAGAUAACGAGCCUGCGAUUCACCAGGACAUUCCACUCACAUCUGCAGAUAUCGGAAGGCUCGAGUAGGCCAUCUAUCAGAUGGUUGCUGCAAAGAAGAUGGAAUAGUAGCAAGAAAGGCCCUGUUGAAAGCGCAGCGGCGAGGGAAACAGAGAGCAAGACGAUAGCAUCAUCGCCCAAGAGCCAGGAACACACCACACAUAGCACAGGCCACAGCCUCUAUGAUCGCCUGCCACAUCUUCAUCGCCCGACUAAGGAAGAGUUAUUAGCUGCUGCGACCGGCUUCUGGCACCGACUACAGAUUCGUUUCAAGUGGUUCUCAAUACGAAGCGUACGGCCCUUCAACCAUGAAGAGAUCUUUGCGUUCAUGAGCUGGAUCUUCUGGGGACACUUCCUCUGGCUUAUCAUCGGCACGACGACUUUUGUCAGCGUAACGAUCCUCAUUCUCAACACCGUAUUCGCUCAAGAGACCAUCGCUGGGUCCAUCGGCAAUUACUUGACCAGGAGCAGCGGGCUGAAGGUAGUCUUCGAAAGCGCUGUUGUUCCAGACUGGUCUGAUGGAGUCAUUUCUUUCAAGAAUGUGUUCGUUAGCCGACGACCCCAGAAGGACAAGCGCCAGAGAGCUGUCACCAAGGGAUCCUCAACGACAGCUGCGGCGGCUGCGGCUGUAGAGGCUCGAGCAGAGAAAGAGAAGCACAAAUAUGGACAAGCCGCAGACGCUGCAGCAGACGGCGAAGAUGACGGCAAUUACAGCCAGUUCGACGUCACGAUUGACGAGGUUCAGGUCUCGCUGUCGUUCACCAAGUGGUUCAACGGCAAAGGCUUGUUACACAACGUUUCAGUCACCGGCGUCAGAGGAGUGAUCGACCGCACUUCAGUACAGCCACGCACAGGGAACGAAGAUCCAAAGAGCUAUCGUCACGAACACAACACGGGCGACUUUGAGAUCGACAACUUCCGCAUGGAAGACGUGUUGCUCACGAUUUACCAGCCAAACGACUUCCGACCCUUCCAAGUGAGUGUCUUUAGUUGCGAGCUACCAAGAUUGCGGAAGCAGUGGCUGUUCUACGACUUCCUCUGCGCCAACAACAUCCACGGCAGCUUCGACAACUCCCUGUUCAGCGUACAUCCAAGACAGGUGCAUAGCACCACUGGCAUUCCUUUGGUUGAUGGCCACGAGGAGGACAGCUCGCAGUGGAAGAAGCACAGCCGCAUUCGCAUCGACGGGCUCAAGAUUGAUCACCUCAACCGAGGCGUGGAAGGUCCAUUCUCCUGGAUCUACGAAGGGAAUGUUGACAUUGUGGCAGAUGUCAUGAUCCCGAAUGACGCAGACGGCAGCAUUGCCAAAGUGAUGAGCGACUUUUACGACCGCAUGGAAGCGACUGUCACGCAUCAGGUGCAAAACGGUCGACAAGCGAUCACGCAGCAGAGUGACAGUGUCAUCAAUAACCAUGAAACAUCACUCAAUCACCUGCAGGAGAAGCCUGAACCACAGGCACCAGAGGACCCGAACGAUAACCGAUUCGUUGUUUUCGACAUUGGCAUUCACCUCAACGAUGUGCGCGCUAGCGUGCCUAUCUUCAACAAGGACUUAUCAUACGUCAGCAAUGCUGCCGUCAGGCCGAUUGUGGCGUACAUCAACUCCCACUCCCAUCGAUCAUCAAACUUCAUCCCCAUCAGCUGUCGAAUCGUCAAACGCCUGAGCGAGUUCGACGGCUCAUGGACCGUCUUCGACAGCGGCUUGCUCGACGACUUAUCCCAAGAGACCUACGACGCAUUUCUCAGGGACAUCACAGACCGCAAACAGAGACAGAGGCGGAUCAAAAAGGUCGGCCUCUGGGCCGCAUCGGUCGCCGCCCAGGCGCUCUUCAUCGGACUCGCUGGGCAAUUGGCCUAG